AUCCGCUGCGGGCCGACCGGAUCCGUGGGUUUGGUGAGUUGAUUUUGUGUUUAUUUGAUAUGUACUCAGUGCUUCUGACAAUACCAACUGUGAGCAUUGAAUUGUUUUGCACCGUUGCAGGUAAAUGGUUGACCCUGUUUGGGAGCAUGGAGAAAAAAGGGGAUCGGGUUUCAAGUGCAAGUAUUGUGGCACGUCAAAGAGCGGUGGAGGGGCAACACGGUUCAAGGACCACUUGGCACAUAGAGGUCAUGAUGUUAUUGAUUGCCCUUCGGUUCCCCCCGUGGUGAAGAACUUUUUCAUUAGCGAGUUGGACAAGAUAAAGGCGAAGAAGUAUGAAAGACAGCAAGAUAGACGUAGGAGAGAUGCUGCAGCACGAAGUACUCGAUAUGUUGACUUGGAAGGUGAGGAAGAAGAAGAAGAGCAGGAUGAUGAGUUGCAGCAAGCUUUGAGGCAUUCACGAGAAGAGUAUGAGUUUAGGCAAAGGGCUGGUCCAAGGUAUGAGAGGGGUGGUGGUUCUGGAUCAGGCCAGGCACGGGAUCCAGAUGGUGGCUCUAGACCAAUUGGGAGGAUGUUUUCUAGGAGUCGGUCACAUAUCCCCGAGCGGGCAAGGGACUAUAACCUUGCUACUGCUUCCGGACCGAGGCAGCAGAGGAUUGAUACGGGGCCUUGGACGUCUAAGGGGAGGACUGCGAGAGAGUUGCUGGGUAGGGCGUGGUCAAAGGCUUGCCACUCCGUUGGUAUUCCUGGACGGAAGGUAGAUGACCCUUACUUUAGGGCGGCCAUCAUAGAGACACAGAAACAAGGUACUGGGGUCACGAUCCCAACUGGGAGGGACAUUGAUGGAAAAUAUCUUUCAGAGAACGUGGAGGAGAUAAAGAAGGAGAUCAACAAGUGGAAGCAAGAGUUCCCUAAGUAUGGUGCCACUAUCAUAUGUGAUUCAUGGACCGGUAUUUCUCGCAAUAGCGUAAUCAACUUCUUGGUAUAUUGCAAUGGAAUGAUGUACUUCUGGAAGUCUAUUGAUGUAACUGGAAAAAUACAAGAUCAUCAGCUCAUACUUAAGGAGAUAACAAUUGUUCUGAACGAUAUAGGGCCAGAAGAUGUGAUUCAGAUAGUCACUGAUAAUGGCAGCAACUUUAAGAAGGCUUGCAAGCUGUUGGCAGAGGAGUACCCUCACAUUGUGUGGCAGCCAUGCCUUGCCCACACGAUCAACCUCAUUCUCAAAGAUAUUGGAAAGUGGGAUGAUCACAAGGCCAUGAUUCAGAGUGCCCAAUAUAUUUGUCAAUGGUUAUACAAUUCUAAUAGUGUGCACUCCAUGUUUAAGAGUGCCACUGGUGGGGAGCUAGUUAAAUGGAAUGCAACAAGAUUUGGCACUAACUAUAUGUUUCUGGAGAGUUUUAUGAAGAAGAAAGAUCAAUUUAUGGUAUGGAUGAUGUCAACUGAAUAUAGAUCAUCACGCCACUACAAGACUGAAGCAGGCAAGUAUGCAUUCGAAUGCAUGACCUCUGUUCAGUGGUGGGCAAACAUGCAGUAUGUUAUUAAUGAUGUGGAGCCUCUCUAUUCUUUUUUGCGAUUUGCUGAUCAAGACAAGACUCCAACUUUGGGUGAAGUUCUUAUGGAGUACGGCAGCCUCAAGCGUACAUAUCAUACCCGGUUCCAUUCAGAUAUGGCAAGGUGUGACAGGAUCAUGGAAAUUGUUGACAGAAGGUUGGCUAGUGUGUUCGAAGGUACGUAUGCGCACACUGCUUGUGCCGUACACCCAUAUGCUUGUUAUGCGUUUGGAAUAUCAGAAAAUGUCUUUGGAGACCUUCGGAAAGGGCUGGAGAAACUUUUUGACAUCGACAGAGCAGCACGUGCACUACAAGAGUAUGAGCUCUUUCGUCGAAAACUUGGAGAAUUCUCAUCUGACCUUGCUGCGAGGAUGGCAAAAGAUAGAGGCACUUCUCCAGCUAGUUGGUGGGCUAUGUUUGGUUCAGAAACACCACAUCUUCAGAUAGCAGCUAAGCGACUACUCUCUCAAUGCGCAUCAUCAAGUGGAUGUGAAAGGAAUUGGAGUUCCUUUGCCUUUAUUCACACAAAGCUUCGCAACAAGUUAAGCAGCAUGAAGCUCCAUAAUUUGGUAUAUGUGCACUACAACCUUCGGCUUCGUAUUCAGCGUGCAACAGCUACAGUUGAGGCAAGUGAAUUCGAUCCUGCUACUAGCUUCAUGGAUAUCUCCAUAUGGAAAUCCUCACAUGUACUAUCAGGAAUAUCCCCCAGAGCAAGAUCCCUCCGAAUGAGUACCUAA